GUCUGGUGUUUCGCUGCGCGUUUAGACACGUUAGGAGGAACUCGUGAUUCCAGCGCAGCUGGCGAGAAAAUGAGGAUGUAACUGGAGUGUUUAGACGAGUUUCGUGUGAAGUUUCGAGCAGAAUCGGAGAACAGAAAUGCUAAAGUUAAUCUGAGUUCCUCUACAGUCAGUUUGCCGUGGCGUCUCAGUAAGCACAGCGUGAUGUUCGUGUUUCUCCUGCUAUUCCUGCUGCAGCCAGUAGAGGGCAGCAACACCACAAUCUCCUGCUUUGAUGACCAGGGGAAUGCAGUUGAUUGGUUCUACCUGUACAAACUGCCGCAUUCUCAUGAGCAGGCCCAAGAGGAGGGUCUGAAGUACCUGCUGUUACAGGAGCAGAGCGAGAGCUGGGUGGAAAGCGGAGGCCUGGUGAGCGACAUCACCGGGGCUCUGGGGCGGAGCCUCGGGCCGCUCUAUGAGGGUGGUGAACUGGGGUAUAUCCUGUACAACGAUCAGCCGCCGCAGCCGGGCCGUAGUACAGAUGGCGCUAACAGGAGCGGAGGACACACCAAAGGUGCGGUUUUGUUCGACAGCAAACAGGGCUUCUGGUUGGUCCACAGCACUCCUCAUUUCCCGCCUCCUAAAACCGAGGGCAAGUUCUCAUACCCGGAAACAGGCAUCCACAAUGGGCAGAACUUCAUCUGCGUCACCUAUCCUCUGGAGCGCUUCGACACCAUCGGUGAACAGUUGAAAAUAAAUCAGCCGCACGUCUACGACUGUGACAUUCCCGCGUCUCUGGCGUCCUCUGUUCCCGCCAUGGUUGAGCUCUGCAAACACCGACACCUACAGGAAAACUCAAGCCUUGCAGAUGGUUCCUUCUCGACACCCAAUCGCAGCAUCGCUCUGCUCUCACUGGCUGGAAACGAGUUCAUCAGCUUUGCAAAAGGAGCUUCCUUUGACAACGAGCUGUACCACGCCUGGGUGGCUCCCACGCUGCAGACGGACCUGGUGGUGCAGUUCUGGCGUCGCUCCACCGGAAUCCUCCAGUCUGACUGCACCCUCAACUGGAAGGUCCUGAACGUGCAUCAGCUCUCUCCAGGCGGCACGGUGACCUUCAAAGCCACAGAGGAUCACUCCAAAUGGGCGGCAAGUUUGGGAGGACGCGGGCGGAGGGGCGGGGCCUGGGUGUGCGUGGGGGAUAUAAACAGGAACGAGGCGGAGGAGAAGCGCGGGGGCGGGACCGUGUGCAGGCAGGAUGUCGCCGUGUGGAAGGCGUAUCGCGCGGCGGCGCUGCAGUGCGAAUCGUGUACAGGUGAAGUGGAAGACUGCGAGAAGGGGCGGCUUUAUCGCUGACGUGCAGGAGAGUGCACAAACGAACAACAAGAAAAAGGUUUAGGUGAAGAAAUUAGACUUUUUACAAGUAAUAUUUUUAUAAGAUAAAUUCUUUUAAAAUACAUGAAAGCUGAAUAUGCACUAUGAUUAGUGUAGGAAUAAAAAAAAAAAGCAAUAAUGUUCUUUUUUAAAUUUUUUAUUUUUUUUUACCUCAGAUUUCUGAAUCAGAUUUGUCUUCAUCACUCCUGUCUUUUCGUCUACUUCUCCGUCUCAUGUGUUUUCCUGAUUUUUAUUACCAUGGCUGCUCAGGGUGAAGCUGCUUGAGCUUCUUUAAACUUAUGUCUCGAGUAAGUCUUAAAGUCACUGUUAAAUUCGGUAGAUUAGAUUAGCACAAGAAAACUUUUGCACUGACCAGUACACUGGGGAACAACACAAGAAUGAUGCUGUACAGAAUAACGGUACGGAGUCGAGCUGGGUGAGAAUAUAUAUAAUAAUUAAAUAAUUUAAGGAUUUGGGAUUUUGAAACAAGUCGUUGUGGCUGAUCAUAUGCACUUUGCUUUUUAGUGAAGACACUGGAGCUUCAUAAUUGUUAUAAAAAAAAUUAAAGAAAUUCAAUGAACCCGAUGCUUUAAAAAAAUGUCCAUUAAAAUUUUCUUUUGUAAAAACGUC